AUGGCUGUCGAAUCCUCCUUUGAGCCGUCAUUUCGGGAGAUGCUAAGCAAACCCGCUCCGGCCGACACGAUCUUACUCAGCGAUGACGGUUCAGAGGCCGAGUCGUCGGAACUCGAGGAUGGAAGUGAUGAUGAGGAUGUGCCUAGACCAGGCGUGAAACAAAUCGGGAUAAGCAAGUAUUACGUCCCAUCGUGGACAACUGAGGAUGCAUUCCGGGAAUUGUAUCAAAAUUGGAAAGACGCGAUCAUUGCAUCCUUCAAUUUGGACCCAAGGUCCUUCCGGCCGGUCUUCAAAGAAACCCCUACGCAGAUUCACAUCACCAUCCACAGAGAACCCGGCGAAGAGGGGGACCAAGCAUCACGGGAGCUUCUCGGAUUCAUCCGCUUCAAUCGAAAGGCCGGAAGUGUCGAACUGACCAACUUUCAGGCGGAACUGAAACGGAAGAAUCUCUUGAUGGGAUUGUCGACGAAAAGAGGCCAUGAUGUAUUUGCAGGCUGCCACGGCGAGGGCUUCAAACUCGCUGCCAUGGUGCUGCGCCGGGAGGGGCAUUCUGUCCGAUUUGCAGCGAGCGAGUACUAUUGGAACUUUGGACUGCGUGGCCGGGACCGGUCGUACCUCGCGUGUCGGCUUUCGCGGGCCAAAGUCGAAGCCGUGGAGAAGAAGAAGCGGGAUUUCGCUGCAAGGAGCGCGAAGCCCAAGUUCAGGAGAGGUCUGACAUCGAAUAUCUGGGAGGAUGUGACAGUCCGGGUUGGCAAGGCCAAGGGAGAUUGGGGGGUGUUUGUCUCGGAAGAAGACUUCCGUUCGUGGCUGACGGUUGCAAUCGAUCUCAAUCCGCCCUCGCCCACCGAUGUUGUGCAGACCGCGGCCGGCGACCUGAUCCUGGACGCUCGAUUCGAGGGGCAUAUCUAUCUCAAAGGCUUGCGAAUCGUAGGACAUGGAACCGAUUUCGCACACGGCUACAACUUGGCACGCGGUACCAUUGGCCGUGAUCGAGAUCGUUUGAAAACGUCGGCAGAAGAGGACGAAAUAUUGAAUGCGAUCUGGGAGCAAGCAAUUCUCACCCGGGGGCCCGACGCCGUCGACACCUAUAUCAAACUCGUACACGACAGGGAGGGAUGCCCAGAAGUUGGUUUGACGGGGCAGAAGCUGCCAAAGUCAGCUGUGCUGGUUAUAUGGGCCCGGUUGAGAACGUUGAACCCGAACACUUUCUUUUAUCCCAAAGGUGGCCCUUCACAGCUUCCCGCCAUCGACCAGGUCAACUUGAUUACAGACGAAUUAAACAAAGUGCCGGUCGCAGUACCGAGUGCGUUGUGGAAGUUGUUGAAGAAGUUCUCGCUGGUUCGCACUCCACAAGAAGAACGCAAUGUUGUGUUCAUGGCGUCGAAAGAGGUAGUCUUGGAUCGAGAUGCUUUCGGAGCACACAUCGUCCGAGCACUGAAGGCGUCCCUGGCAUUGCACCCCAAGCUGCGUGAUUGGGACCUGAGAUUCGUGGAUGGUGGCGGUACAGACGUCGAGAUUGUCUUCAACAGUGGAGAGAAACAGGUCCUGGUCCACGCCAAAUGGCUCCAAUUUCAGACAGCCCACAGAAUGGGUUCGUGUGAGGUCCUACGGUUGACAGAUGACGGCCAACUCGGUGGAGAGGCAUUCUUUUGUGACCACGUGGUGGAAGACCUGUUUGAGUCUCUCCUCGGGGUAAGUGGUCGCGGACAACGAACCCUUUUGCGGCGAAGAAUGCGAGAACUGCUCCGGCUCAUGCCUCGACUCGUCCAAGUCACCCCCACAGAGUCGCCAAACGAGCUCGAAGUCCGCUGGAUUGGCAAUGAAGGGGGACUGGUGUCGACCUACUACAACCGCCAUAUCCGCUAUCUGGUUAUCCUCCAUCGGCUGACGUCGUGCCAGUCGAGGUCGAACGAUUUGCUUCACAAGUAUCGAACCGAAAGUCCUGUGGCCAAUGCUGCGCCCUCGCAGAGUGAAUCAGAUUCCCGCGCAGAAUCGGUCGUAUGUGAUUGUCCGGCCCAGAUCGUCCCCCGCAGUCUCUCUCGAGCAGUUUUCACCGGAUUAGAUCACAAUGAACAGUAUUUUCCAAUGGUCGCAAGAUUUGACGAUUAUUCAUUCUUCGCAACACCUCCAAGCCCUGUCGCACCCCUUGGGAUUGUCGCGCCAUCUUUUUCGGGUCCCUCAGACGGGGGACAUCCUGACCUAGCCACCGAGGGCGUCGACUUCAACAAUGUGCCCGAUAUUUGCGAGGAUAGGCAUGCGACUGAUCAGUAUAUGGAAGGAGUGCAAUGGGAGGCGCCGGAAAUCGAUGUUAAGCCCCCAGUCACCGAUUUUGAAACACAAAAUCCACCGACGUCGCAGCCACCCAGCUUGAGAGGAAUCGAGUCAAUCCCCGAGGAGGUUGAUGCUCUGCCACUGUUUGAGCGAGACCAUGAUCAUUGGCGGCAAUGGCACGCCGAAGAGCUGCCGCGAGCGUUUUCGAAGCUCCUCGCGCACCGUGAACGUAACGGCCUUCGAACCCUCCACCCAGUGGCCGGCCUUGAAUGGCCUGACCUGGACUUUGAAUUCGUGAAAGGUGAGUAUGCCCUAAUCCGCAUUGGCAGGGAGAACCCGUCGGAGCAUGUCAUCUUCAUCCACGAGAUCUCUUAUUGCGCGGAGGAACCCGAAAUCAGCAGCGCGAGUCUGCUGGUCACCAAGUAUUCGAAACUUGUGUCGACUUAUCCCGUUCGCCAGCAGCUCGUCGGGGAGGAUGAGGAUGAGGAUGAGAUCGAAAAGUGCCGAGAACUGCUGCUCCAUUUUGGGGACUUUGGCAACAUGGGCACGCGCCACGAUGCUGAAUUGAUUCGGUUAAACGAUGUCGUCUAUGCGACAGAUCUGACGGCCGGUGUGGACCAUGUCCUUACACCCCCUUCAGCUUUCGAGCAUGAUGCCAUGUACUGUCGUUUUGCAAUUCAAGGCUCGACAUCGAAUGGCCCAGUUGCGUGCUGGACGCCGUUGUCCUCUGACUUGCUUAGUCGUCGCGAUCGAUGGCGCGGACGACAGUUCAACAAUGUGUCGAAACCGGCUGUCGUGGACUUCACACCUGGCAUCCUUGGGGCUGCAGAGGGAUUUUCGCAGGCUGGGUUUGACAUCCAAGCUGCGAUGGGCUUUGAUCACGAGCGCCACUUGUCCUGGAAGAUACGGCACGCUCAAAGUCAAGUCUACGACGGUUCACCGAGAGAUACUCUUGACGACAUUGACUCUAAACGACUCCGUCUGCCAUGGACGUCGGAGCCCGCGCCUCCUAAAAUAGCGCUGGUGGCUGGGGGAAACUCACCCUUUCGCCUAAGCGAGGCCAACCAGAAGAUGCCGUCCAUAGAGCAAUUCGUCUCGCAGUCGGAUCUCCUCGACGCAGCUUUUAAGAGUCCCGGGAAGCCAGAUUUCCUGGUGAUGCUUUGCUCUCCAGCAAUGCUCCACCAGUCAGUGGUACCCCGGCUCAUCGUUGCCAUCCUCAACCUGCUUGAGCACAGACUGUCCGUCCAUAUGAAGCUCUGUCAUCUCCAGGACCAUGGACUCCCACUGAGACGGAGUAUAUUCAUCAUGAUCGCCUCACCCUUUUGCGCCCCACUACCGUGGUGUCUGCACUCGCCGUCCGUCCCUAGUAGUCUUGGAGCACCAUCCACCACACUCGGUGAUCUGAUUGUUGACUUGGCAUUUGAAAAUCCUCGUGCUGGACUAGGGCCGCUGCAGCGGGCAUUCGUUUGUUCACCACCGCUCGACAUGCAUAACGGGAACGUGCCGCAGGCCGAGAGAUAUGCCAGUCACGUCUACAACCACCAAACCGGGCAAGAAUCGGCAUCAUCCUGGAGGGUCCCUCUUGCCUGGGAGACUGAUGUACUUGUGGGCUUAUCCUGCGACCCUCAACCCUGGACACAUCCCGUUCGCCAAGAUCUCCUCACCGUGCGGGAGCUCGCUCGGCUCCAGGGAUUUCCGGACGAUUUUGUCUUCUAUCAGUCCUUGGCCAUUCAGUACCAGGAUGUAUGGACUGCCCUGCCUCCGAUCGUCACGCGACUCGUGGGGAAGACCAUUUUGCAAGUUAUCCAGGGCUCGCUGAGGGCAAAAGCAGGUGAUCGUCAAGAGUAUUUGAGGGCUUCGAAAAGACCCAGGUCUGAAAGCGAAGUGUGA